AACUACAAGACGAGUGAUCACUCUCAACCUCUCUCCAUCAAAAAAUAAAAAAUAAAAAAUAAAAAAUAAAAAAAGAAUUGUUGCUUUGAAAUCCCCGUUUCCUCUCACUACUCAAAACUCCACCGCUUCACUCCACUUCAAAACCAAAAUCCCCCAAACCCAAAGCUUUUCACUUUCAUCCAUGGCGGAUCCUUCCAGACCCGUCACCGGCUACCCAGCCCCUCCUCCAUCCUCCUAUACCCAACCCAACGGCUACCCUUACCCCGCCCAUCCCCAUCCCCAGCAUCCUCCGCCGCCGCCGCCCAACUACGCCUACCCCUACACCUACGACUCCUCCGCGGCCGCCACCUCCCGCGCCGCCUUCCUCCGCCGUCUCAUCUUCGCCAUGAUCGCCUUCUUCAUAAUCUCUGCCUCUGUCGUCUUCAUCGUCUGGCUCGUCCUCCGCCCCCGCAUCCCCAAGUUCUGGGUCGACUCCGUCUCUGUCUCCAACCUCAACACCUCCGCCCAAACCCUCUCCGGCGACUGGGCCGUCGGAUUUUCCGUCUACAAUCCCAAUAAGAAGAUGUCCAUCGCCUACGACCAGAUCAACUCGGACAUCGCCUACAAAAAGGCCUUCCUGUCCGAAACCCGCAUCGCGCCGUUCGAUCAGGGGAAGCGGAAUCGAAUGGCCAUCAACGCAACCUUCUCGGCGAAGAACUCGUACGUGGAGGAUUGGGUCGUGAAGGGGAUUUCCGAGGACCGAGGUCGUGGAACUGUGAAUUUUCAUGUUAGGGUUUGGGCGAGGGUCGGAUUUCGGGCCGGCGGGUGGAGGCUGAGGAGGAGGUUGCUUAGGGUUAUUUGCGACAAUGUCGGCGUCGGAAUUUCGUCAAGCUCAGGCUCCGGGAAGCUCGCCGGGAAUGCCGGGUUGAAUGAUGAUGAUGAGUUUACCAUAGGGAGUAAAUUGGGCAAUUUCUCUCUAACUCUAAAAUUGCAAGGAGGGAGAGGGAUGUGGGGAUCAAUGGAAGGAUUUUGGAAACCAUGUUUGUUUGGCAUGGUAGAAAAGACGGGGACCGGAUUGUGUGAGGGAUUUGAAAUCCCAAUAGGAAAUCAGCAACUGUUGUGGCCUGUUUAUCAUUGCCGCCGCUGUUCAAUAUCAGACCCCCGAGAGUAUCAGUAUGUUAAAUUUGCUGUAGGUCAGCCUCUGGGGUAUUACCUCUCCCGGAGCCUCUCUGCACUCACCCAUCACUUUGUGGUGUGGUGGGCGGCAUUUAGGGCUAACCCUAAAAGGAGAGUUCCUUAUCGGAGAUACGCUUUUCUAGGUGACGAUGUUGUCAUUCUAGAUAGUGAUGUGGCAAGGGAGUAUUACCUAAGAGCCUUGGAUCUCUCCUAUCACACUAAGCGGACCUCGACCCAACUAAUUGUCUGCUUUACAACGAACUACCCAUUUCCUCUCUAUAUUCUCCUUUCGUACUCUAACCAACUACCACAGCCACUUUGCAACUUCUAA